AUGCCGUCGUCGAGGAGAAGGAGCAAGGACCCUGCAGACUGCGAGGACCCAGCCUGCGCAGACAUGGCGGAUCUCCUCCGAAAGGGAAGGGCUCUUGCCGCAAAGAACAAGCAGAAGGCGGCGUCGAAUACCGCUACUGAUGGUAAGGCCGCGGGUAGCCAAGCACAACCGAGUUCUUCUGCGGCGGAAACGGACGAGCAUGCUGCAAGUUCUUCGAGAAACGAUGGGUGUCCGCUUGACAAGGGCGAGCUGGGAGCCGCCACCUGGGGGUUGAUACACACAACCGCGGCACACUACCCAGAAAAGCCUUCGAAGGAGACACAAGACCAGGCAAGGGCUCUCGUGACCGGCCUGGCCGGCUUGUACCCUUGCACCUACUGCCGGAAAGACUUUCGGGAAGAAGUCCGCAAGCUGCCGCCAGACGUGAGUUCCCGCGUAGCGCUAUCGCUGUGGGCGUGUCAGCAGCACAACCUGGUGAACGAAAAGAUCGGAAAGCCGACCUUCGGCUGUACGCUGCCAGCCCUCGACGAGAGGUGGAAGAAGGGAAAACCAUCAUGUUGGGAGGGAGGCGCCGAAGGCGUUUGAUUGGCCGGUGGAAUGACCCGAGAUGGAGCGCUUAUUGUCGACACCGUCGUGUUUGGAUAGUUUCGGUUCUCACCCGAAACAACCUUGGAGCCUGGUAGAGCGAGUGAUUGCGCUCGAGACAAUUGAGAAAUGACCGCAUCUAGGUAUCUAGCAGAGAGUUGGCCACCGGUUACACAUGCCUAAACG